CUCCCUUCAGUAUCUUGGAUGUGGAGCAGAAUGGAUUUGAUAUUUAGUUUACUUGUCCUUACUGCAAGCACUUUAGUGGGUGGUAAGGAUGCAACUAUUUCCGACCACCCCUACCAUGCAAGUAUAAGUGAAAACGGUUUAUAUAUUUGCGGAGGUUCCAUUGUGGGACGCAGAAAAAUUGUCACAGCAGCUCAUUGUGACUUUAAUUCAGCUUCAGACUUAACAGUAAGAGUCGGUAGUCCCCACGUCAAUACUCUUGGUGAAGUGUUAAAUGUUGAAAAGGUAAUCAGACACCCAAAAUUCCAGGAUGACAUAAAUGACUACAACGUUUUGGUUAUUGUACUUUCGUCAGAUAUAACUGACCCGCAUGCUAAACAAAUCGAAAUGGCAAACAUUUACGAAACAACUCGACAUUACAGUAAUGGUGUAAUAACAGGGUGGCAAAUUUUUUCAUCGGGAAAACUUCAAGUGAAGAACGUAACUUCAUAUAACGCUUGUCUACAAUCAUCUGAUUUUAGUAUUACUGACUAUAUAUUAUGUGGCAGGACAGCAGGAGAGACUGCCUGUUUAGAGGACACUGGAGGUAAUAUAGUAUUUGGACAGUUACUUCGUUAUUACUUAAUCAUUGUUAUUUUAGGACCUUUAGUUGUUAAUAAUGUAUUAGUUGGCAUUGUUUUAUAUGAAGAUGAUGAGUGUGAAGAAGGUUAUCUUAUAGUGUACACCAAAAUAUCUAAAAUAAGGUCAUUCAUAGACUCAAUCGACAGCGGAGUGACCAGUGUCAGUAGUACCAGAAUGCCCAUCCAAGUAUCCAAUGAUAGUAAUAGGUAUUUGUUUGAACAUUUUAUUAUUUUUCUAUUAACGAGUAUAACAAUUAAAUACUAUAUAUAAUAUAUCUUACAUAUUGCCUCUGUAAACUUUACCAUUGUUAUGUAAUUUAAUCAAUAAAAUUUCUUGAGCUAAU